CUAUGUAUGUGCAACAAUAUUGCAUGGAAAUUACAAGUGAAAUGGUUCAAUUUGUCAAACAAUUAGUUUCUCCUGUUAAUAUUGCUGGAUCGUAUGAAAAGUUCUUUGUUUCGAAAAAAAGCUUAUUGAAAAAUAAUUUCGAUAUGUUCAUGGUAUAGAAAAGUUGUUGAAGAUCCAAUUAAAAUUUCAACACCUUAUGGUGGACGUUUUGUUUGGUUAUUACCAGGAAAAAAUCGUUUCAUUGUUCACAUGAAAGAUAAAAAAAAUUUAAUUCGAUAUAAAAAAAACGUUGAAGUCGAGUUCGUUAUAUUUAAAAAAGACUUUUUUUUUUCUUAAGGUUAUUUUAUAUGUAUUAUUUAUUAUCAUUUAAAUUAUUACGUUGAAAACAAUAUAGACAAAAUUGAACAUAGCGUAUAACAAGAUUAGAUACAAAAUUUAUCGGUUUUAGUCAAUUGUUAAGAUCUUCUUUAUUAGGAGAUUAAAAAAAUUCCUCUAAAGAAAAAUAUAUUUAUAAUGAAGAAUUUAUUUCGAGUUUUUUGAGUAACAAAAUUCAUUUGUUUUAGCACUUGAUGGUGAUGUUGAUUUCAAACUUGAAGGUGUUCUUUUAUUAGUUGAUCGAAUGCGUAAAAAUCGUAAAGUAGCUGCUGUUUUUGGUCGAAUUCAUCCGACUGGCGAUGGUUGUUUUUACUAUUUCGUGCUUCAUCAUUUAUGGAUGAAUGAUAAUGUUAUGCGACGUUAUGCAAAUAAAUCAACAGAAACAACACAUUAUGUACAAUAUGAUCAAGGUAAAAAUCGUUGGUUAAAAACACUUCUAAUUCAACAAGGUUAUCGAGUUGAAUAUUGUGCUGCAUCAUACGCUUAUAUACAUGCACAAGAAAUAUUUAAAGAAUUUUUUACUCAACGUUGUCGUUGA